GAGUCACCGUCCAGGUAAAACAAGUCUGUUUCCCACAGUUGAUAAUCCAACGUAGCUAGAGCUAGUCUAUUUGUGAAGCAAGGCUUGUAAUUUCGUAAAUUUCCACACAGUCAAAUGGCACAUUACAGAGCCUCCGAAUCAAAAAGAGAACAGUACCGAAGGUACCUAGAAAAGGCUGGGGUUCUGGACAGUCUCACUAAUGUACUGGUGGCACUUUAUGAAGAGACAGACAAACCGAAUAAUGCUUUGGACUUCAUAAAGCAUCACCUUGGUGUGUCUGGCCCAGAGACCACAGACACUGAGGCGCUACACCAGGAACUCACUGAGCUGCAGCUCAAGUGCCAGCAGCUCACAGAGGAAAAUAAAGACCUUAGAAGUAGGCUUCAGCACUAUGAACCUACACCCAGCGAGGGGACUGCAGAGUGAUGUUGCAGUUAGUUAUUAUUUUUUAUUUUUUUUACAUUGUAAAAAUGGAACUGAUAUGAUUUAUUUCUUUAAAGAAUUGUCCUGAUUUCUGUUCAGUAACAUUUUUUGAGAAUUCUUGCCAAGAUCAUUAUUAAACAGUUUUGAGGCACAA